UUCCUUCUGCGAUGUUCGAGACUCCAUUUCUUUUCCAAGUCUCUCGCGUUGUUUCUUCUCUUUUUCUCUCCUCCUCCUCCUCUCUGGCUGCGAGGAACCCAUUUGAAGAAUGCAUUCAUUUGGGUAUCGAGCCAACGCUUUGGUGACCUUUGCGGCUACCAUACUUGCUAUCAUUUGUGGUCUGGCUUCGUUUUCUGAUACCCUUAAAUCGCCUUCACCCACGGCACAAGUUCAGGUUUUGAGUAUCAAUUGGUUUCAGAAUCAACCUAAUGGAAACGAUGAGGUUAGCAUGACUUUAAACAUAUCAGCAGACUUGCAGUCAUUAUUUACAUGGAAUACAAAGCAGGUUUUUGUGUUUCUAGCUGCUGAAUAUGAAACCCCAAAGAACUCCUUGAAUCAGAUAUCACUCUGGGACAGUAUCAUACCCUCCAAAGAUAGCGCCAAGUUUCGAAUCCAUACUUCAAACAAGUAUCGGUUCGUCGAUCAGGGGAGCAAUCUAAGAGGUAAAGAGUUUAACUUAACACUGCACUGGCAUGUCAUGCCAAAGACAGGGAAGAUGUUUGCAAACAAAUUGGUCAUGUCUGGAUACCGCUUGCCACAAGAAUAUAGAUGAGCAAACUUCUCCAUUGAUAUGUAAUUUCUGAACUAAGUUUAACACAGGCUUUAGCAUCAGCUUACUCAACAACAUUAAAGAACACUGAACAUUUUACUCAACAACAUUAAAGAACACUGAACAUUUUCCAAGCCAUGAGUUCAUCAGAAAAAGAGUUAAAUUUAGCGUAAUCAAAUGUCCAUUGACCUUUGUUCAUUAAUGCUGUUCUAAUCUUCGAAUGCCUAUGUUUAAGCUAAUGAAGCAGCUCAUAUUGGCUCAAUGAUCUCUACGAAGUCUAGACAAGAAAGGGGUGAUGCUAUGUAAAGUACAUUCUAUGGAGAUUGAGAAUUGGAUCUAUUUUAUUAUCCAUUGAAUCAAAGGGAGGAAGGUAAAUUACCAAUAUUCAUGGCUGAAAUUCUUUCAUCACAGCUCCUUCAAGAAUCCCAUCGAUGCCAAAGUUAACUAAGAAUUGUUGAGGAUCAACGGGGCCAGGUAGCUGAAAUGAGAGUGAAAACUCUCCUGGUGGGCACAGGUUGUGGGUUACCAUUUCAAACACUUGAGAAUGCUUUUUCACUGUUCUUUCACCUGUUGUUGUAACUCCUUGUAUCACUACUCUGCCAUCCUUUUCAACUUCACAGUUAAAUUCCUCUGAAUCACAAUGAAUCAAAAGUCUUGUCAAUUUAUGACAGAAAAGAACGGAAGAAAAAAGGAUUGAAGUUGUAAAAUUUGAUUUAAAACGAUCUCA